AUGCUAUUAUACAUUUUCACACUUUUAUUAUCCGUACUCAUAAUCGAAUCGACAUCCCACUAUUUACCCGAUCCACCGGUAUUCACGGCUGUGCAACAUUACCCGAGCAUCUGCUAUUUACCCCCAGAAUCCGGAUUGUGCGCUUCAUUUGACCCUGAAAGCGACAACACAGUUGAUGAUGAUACGAACGAUUCAGAUGAUCAACUGUUGAUCCGAUACUACUUCGAUGCAACCACUCAGCAGUGCUACCAGUUUGGCGUACAAAACUGUGGUGGUAACGAGAAUCGCUUCGAGAAUCUUGCUGAUUGUCAAUCUUUUUGUAGUUUAACAAAAUCGCAAGUGGGUCAAUAG